CUCCCCCGGGCUCAUCGCGUGCGUGCAAUUAAUCGCGCUUGCGUGACGAAGUCGCUUCUGGGAAAGCGCGCGCGCGGGACGCUUAUCUGUGGCGGCCGCGAGGAAAACCGCUCCGAGCACCAUGCGACGCGUCUCCCUGCUCCCCCUGCUCUGGCUCGCCGCCGGCGCUGUCUCCGCACAAGAACAGCAUGGAGAGCGACGCACGUGGGGAGUGUACCUGACUGCCGCUUCGCAGAAGCAGAACGGCAAGUACAGGCUCCUGGAGCUCAACUGGUACGGCCUGCCCUCGCACCUUCAGGACGUCGCUUCCGUGCACCUCUUCAACACCGACCCGCACGUGGCGGCGCACAACGUCAGCUGGAAUCCGCUCGAGUCGUACCGCGCCGCGGGCCGCGACGGACGACGCACCACGGCGGUGCCCUUCCCUCGCUUCAACUGGACCAGUCUGACGACGGACGAGUGUCUGGGCUUCUGGGCGGUCCUCUCGACUCCCGAGAGCCCCGUGGCCUCGACGUCCUGCCUGAGGGCGCGACCUCGCUGGAUGCGACAGCACUGCCGCGAGCUGGGCCACCUGCGCUUCGUCGACCUCUUCGUGCCGGGCACGCACAACUCCGCCAUGUACGACAUCGCUUCGCCGGACCACGUGACCAUCUUCGACCACUUCCUGCUCAACCAGGAGGAGACCAUACUGAACCAGCUGCUGUACGGCAUCCGGUCGCUCGACCUGCGGGUCCAGGAGAGCCGCGGCGAGUUCUGGAUCACGCACGACCUCAUCAAGGGUCAGCUCACCGUGCGCGACGUGCUGCGGCAGGUGCGCCAGUUCGUCGAGGAGACCGGGGAGCCCGUGCUGCUGGACUUUCACCGCUUCACGACGGGAUUCCGGAAGCGAGAUCCGCAGCCGCACGAGAACCACGUGCGCCUCGUGCAGCUCAUCACCGAAGAACUGAGAGGCCUGCUGCUGUACCGCAACGCGACGAGGGUUCCCCUCGCCGACAUACUGGACGACUGUCGGGACAGCGCGUCCCUCGGCCCGAAGGUGCUGUUGUGCUACAACCACCCGUACCACGGGCCGGGCGUCGAGUUCACCGGCUUGGGCGUCAAGCACCUUUGGGCAAACACGAAGGACCUGUCGACACUGCAGAGCUUCCUGGACGAAAAAGUGUGCGAGCCCACGUUCGGCACGCCCACGUCCGCCAUGGCGCAGACGACGGCGCAGCUGCCUUUCCUCAAGAGCAACCGCAAGAUGGCGCAGGAGGUCAACUUGCACGUGACGCGUUGGUUCAGGGAGAACUGGUGGCGCUGCGCCAACCUCGUGGCCACCGAUUUCUUUCUCGGCACCGACAUGAUAAACGUCGCCGUAGAGUCAAACUUACGCAGGGCUCGCGAUAGUUGACGAGCCCUUCGGCGCGUUAGGCGAACAACAAGUGCCUAGAGGGCUGUUUUGAGUUCUGACCUAAAGAGCGAAUUCCAAGAGAGUGAUGCGCGCGUCGGGUUUCCGGUUUCGCGAGGACAGCCGCUUCGCUAUAAUUAUUAGUUGAAUGUGCAGGACGCGAACUCCAAGGGAAAGCAUCUCUUCAAUAUAUUCCAGUGUACACAGCAGCUUAAUUUUGACCAGGCCCACUGCCUAGCCUUUCCACAAUAGAAGCGGAUCUGAAAUGCCCAUUCGGCUAACUCUCGUUUCUUUUUGUUUUCGUUAAAAUGAUGCUGAAGCCACAUUACAUCUUGAACACCAAAAUGUUGUUUUUAACGGGGAGCGGGACACUGUGUGGACUGUCGUGUUAUAUUUGCAGUCGGCGCAUAUGUGAUGCUGAUCGACCUUUCCGGCAGCUGUAACAAAAAUGUAAAGAAAGGGAAAGCGAGCAGAUGGUAGGACUUUUGUAAACCAAAUGAAUGACCGGCAGCUUGUACAUAGGCUGAACAAAAUAUACCAUAUAGGUCUACUACAGGCGUUAGCAAAGCACGCACAAGAUGCAAAUGCGAUACUCAUCAACAUCGUUUUCAAAUAAAAAAAAUUAUGCGUAUAUUUGUCUUUCCUUAGAUAAGAGCAUCCCUUCUUUGAGAUGUUGGUUUAUUAGGGCCUAUAGUUUUAAACGUUGGCAGUUGCAUGCCUUUCCGCAAAUUCUAUGUUAUCCGCUAAUUACCUGAUGAUAACGUGAGGGAAUGCGUGAGUGAUAACGGAAUGCCUUCAUUCGGUGUUGCCGAAUGAAGGCAUUCCGGCAACACCCCCCUUUGCUGCAGACAAGAGUCAUAACCCAAUGGCAAGGGCCGGCGCCUAGCUCGAUCAGUCCGCAUGGUUUUCCGUGUUCUGAAGUGCGGUUUCGUCGAUAAUGUCGUUCGGCGCGAGCAUGGUAUUGUCGGUUGUACGCUUGCCACCAACGCCCUGCCCGCCUCAACACAAACGCAAGACGUGGCGUACAUUGAACAACCUGCUCUAACACAUAAUACUGAAUUAUUACGACAGCGCAUACGUUUGUGCGCAAGUCCGCAGGGGAAAUGUUUCGCUGUUUGACUGAGAAAGAACGCAAGGGAGGGAGCUAUUUACAGGAAAUAAAAGAUGCUUGCCUGUGUAUACUUCUGCGCACAUGCCACUAUGUAUCGAACAAUAUUUAGGCUGUAUACCACACAUUACUUUCUGUGUAUUGACGACACGUACGAUUCAUUUGUCAUUUGAGCACGAGUUAGGAGUCGACAAGGGCUCUCUAUGCUGGAGUUGAAAGAUCCGUGUUUUGUUUCUUGGUACCCAAGAACACCUGUUUCUGUUAUUUACUUCAUUUCUCUUCUUAUUUUAUUUUUCUGAAAGGAGGCGUUUCAUUACACCAUCUCUACAUGAUCAGCACAGUUUACCAUCACACACUAUUCAGGAUCAGUCCACUUUACUCGGCAAAAUGACUAAGCAGACGCACCAAACCGCGAGAAAUGUGUGUGUGUACUCCAGCGAGAAUAUUUAGGUACUUUUGUUGUAUUAUUGCGCGAUUCCGCAGAAAGAGCGGACCAUAUAUCAGUAGGGGCACAUAGCACAGACGGUUGUGUAUAAGCAGUCGAUUAUUUAUAUUAGUGCUGUCCCGUGUGUGAGCUAUUGGGCGAGAAACUGCAGCAGCAGCACCCAGCAGCAGCCACGGUCAGCAAAGUCCGCGAGGAUUUGCAAACAAGGUUUCGCAUCAAAACGAUCAUUGCGGAAAAGUCAAUGCGAGGAUAUACAGUUGCAAAGCUUGUACAUGCUGUCAUUGAUUGCAGGAAAUAUGUCGGAAUCACGCGAGCUCUUUCUAAGUAUUUAGGCCUCCGUUACUUGCGUACUCUUGCGUGUGAAAAUAAUUUCAGCGUUUGUGAAUGUGGAGUGGAAGGAAUUACAGUGACGUAAAGUGCAAGGCGAUGGGAAGCAGCAGCUAUAUUGCCGCCAAAAGCGCAGUUUAAUUCUGUUCGCUGAGGCAGACCCCCUGAAUUCAGGGGCUUACGCUGAGGAAAAAUGAGGCAUCACCUACGGAAUAACAAGGUCUGCGGGCUCUGACCGUGACGUUAUGAUUGCAGCGCACGAGAGUUGCGUCGCUUCGUCGAGAACUUUUCGUUGCUGGAUACAUAUCGACUUUUUCAUUGUUGUUCGUUUGUCUGGACGUGGCGACGCGGCGCGUCAUCAAGCAAGUUAGACCGUGCCUAUGUGCCAAGCAAUUUAGCUCAGUAUGUCUCCCAGUCUGAUGUGAUAACGUUACCUUCACCUCCUGCUUAUAUUUCCGAUCACAGACCAGUCAUACUUGAAAUUUGCUUCCCUGC